AUGGGUGCGAGUACUGACAUCCUGUCGUCCAUUUAUUUGUUGGUUUCUCGUCGGGGGUAUUCCUUGGAGCGGCACGAGGGCAACCGAUCCCAGAAGUGGAAGCUGGUGAUCCGCGACGUGCAGCUGGCGGACCAGGGCCAGUACCGCUGCCAGGUGUCCACUCAGAUCCCCAUGGUCAUCUCUGUCACCCUCAACGUCACUGAACCCCAGCAACCCUCCAAAAGCUCAUUCGUGGCAUGGGGACCAUUUCAUUUUCAAAUUCUCAAUUCCAGUUGCCUUUGCCCCAUGUUUCACCAAACCUCACUGAAUGUUAGAGGAAACCCUCAAGGACCCAGAAUCCCGGAUCCCAAAUCCGAGCCCCGGGCCCGCGUGGUGGACGAGCGAGGCACCAAAGUGCACGAGAAGCACUACAACAGCGGCAGCAUGAUCGAGCUCAAGUGCGAGAUCGAGAGCGUUCCGUUCCCGCCGGCGGCGGUGUCGUGGCGGCGCGACGCGACGCUGCUCUCCUUCAACACCUCCCGGGGCGGCAUCAGCGUGAAGGGCGAUGCCGCCUCUGGCUACAUCAGGAGCCGCCUGUACGUGGCCGACGCCUCCCCGGCCGACUCCGGGCUGUACUCCUGCUGGUACGGGAACUACACCAGCGACACAGUCUCCGUCCAUGUCAUAGCCGGUGAGAACUCGGCGGCGAUGCAGCACGAUUCUCUCCCGACCACGGCCGCCGCAGACACCACGAGUGGCGCCCCCUCACUCUCCUCGCUCCUCCACCUGUACCUGCUGGCGGCGGCCUUCCUCUUCGCCUCUUGGGCCGCCCCGAGGUGCUCCCUGAGGCCGUCUCGCUCCCAGCCCUCGUGCGAUCCGUCGUCGCCGCUCGCCGUGCGCGUCGUGGCGGGCGCGAGGGGUUUCGCGACGCCCGUUCCCGCCGCCCGCCAAGCCCUUUGCGUGCAGAGAUGAUGGGAGAAGCUGCUCUCGCGCUCCCUCGAACUCUAGAGUAUCCUCGAAAGCCGACCAGGUCAGGUCAGGUCACAUCACCUCCAGGGUUUCCCGUUGAGACCAA